CAGAUGAUCAUCAAACAGAAAUUGUGGAAGAUGCUUUGCAUUUUUUGUGAAUCUGUUGUGGGCUGUUUGUGAAAUGGCUACAUAUGGCCUUCACAGGGACCAAGGAGUGUUUUGCUCAGUCUGCAAAGGACCAUGAUCUUAAGUUAUGCAGUCCACUUGGCAUUCUUAGCUCAUAUGGUACUAUAACAGCACAAGACUGCAGACCUGCAUACUCCCAUCUUCGGCAACAUCAGCCGCGACAUUCUAGAAGAAAUAAUGUGAACAAUUGUAAAGACCAAAAUCGGAUUCUCUCAGGAAUUCCUGCACAGCAAUCCUACCUCUUCAACUGCAAUAUACCAUUUAGUACUGACUCUGAGUCUGCAUUACAGAACAAGACAUCUUACUACUCUCAUUCCCUUACUCAUCCUUCUGAGGGCACUUUCUGUUUUCAACAAAUGUUGCAUGUGAAUAGACCUUAUCAGAAACUUGAAACGUUUAGUUUGAAGCCAAGAAUAUUGGGGAAAAGGGCAUUCUCUUCUCCUUAUCCACCAACUCCCAUCUGUCUGUCUCCACCAAAGUCACAGACUAGUGCGAAAUUCCAAUCAGAAAGUGCCAAUUCAUUUCUUGGAGGUCAUUCUUGUGUCCCUAGUAUAGCUCGGGAGCAUCCUGGUGUCAGAGUUGGAAAUUCUGUUGCCAUCUCAGGUAAACCAGUGUUAGCAUCCUACAAGCCAGCACUGAACAAAAAUACAUUCAUGAGGCCUACUAGUGCAAAAGUGCCUUUGCAUCAUACAAAGGAGGGUAGAAACUGUAAACCCUCUUCAUUGGGUUCUGCUCACCAUUUUGGGGAGAGUGGGGGUGUAACGUAUGUAAAUCUUGACACUAGUCCACUUAAACAUCACAAUGCCAUCACAGCACAGACUGAAGUUGAAGUUCUUAAUACAGCCUUGCCUCCAGUUAAUAUAGUUGCAAAAACUGAAUGUGCUUCCUCACAUAUGGAAGAAAGUCUUCAUCAUAGUAAGUCUUUUGUUCAAGAUGCUAGGGACCCUCAAAUUACAUUUACUGAAGCUGUGAGGAAAUUGGCUGCUUCCACAGGUAACUGCCUGAAAAAUGGCUUGUCCAAUGGACUUGGAAACUUUGCUCAGUGUUGUGAACAUAAUCCUGUUAUUGGUACUAACUUACUUAAAGGCUUUUGCCGCAAGACUGGUGAAAUUACAGAGAAUACUAUGGUGCCACAUAUGACUCAGGGAGAGACUAAAAUUUUCAUUGCCACUAAGACUGGAACAGCUUGCCUUGCUAAUGGGAUUACGGACACUGCAAGUAUCGAGAGUCCUGUCUGUAUCAGUCGGAGUGAUACUGCAGCCCCAGACACAAUAUCUAUUGGGGAUGGAAAUGAAUCCCUGUCUAAAGCACAGACUACCCAGCCAUCUGUUAGCCAUGGCCAGGGCAUGAAAGUGAGGCUUUCCCGGUGUACAAGUGUUUCAUUGGUAACAACAAGGAUAUCGGCUAUCCAUCUAGAUAAAGGAAUUGCUGAAGGAGAGGUAAUGGGGAGUGGUGAAGAUGCAGAAAUGAAGGACUCUGAGUCUAGUGUAAGUCAUCUGCAAGAGGAAGAUGAAGGUGAAGAGCUGCUGGAUGGACUGGAAGAUGAGUGCAGUCAGGAGGAUGAAGAGUUGGUCUGCUCCUCUGAUCUUGAGGCAUCUUCUCUUACUUCACUGGCUGGCCUUUCAAGUCCCUUUAUUUUAAGCUUCAGCCAGUCAGAGCCACAUUUUGACAGAGACUUUGGUUAUGAAAGAUUAAACAAGACCUACAGAACUUCAGCAAACAGUAUGUUGCAUUUAAAAAAGCAUCUUCAGACAUCACCUCCUACUGCAAUUAGAAAGCUAAAUAGUCCAAAAAGGAAUGCAGUUAAUUCAGGUGCUGACAAGUUAGACAAGAAAUCAUUUACACUGCCAUCUAUUGCAGCAGUCAUUGGUUCUGGUCAUGUCACACAGUCCAAGGUGGAUAGUUUGAUCAUUGUCUUUGGGGUGAAUGACAUGCAGUGUUUCAGCAUUAUUGAACAGCCAUCCUUCAUCAACUUUGUAACUGGUGUGCAGCCAGGAAAGAUGGACAUGAGCAGCAAAACUCUUGUUGAACGGGUGGAGAAACAGUUCAGUGAUGUGAAAGACAAUCUGAUGGAAACCUUGGCAAAUGUUUCAACUAUUUGCACUAUGGCUGACAUUUGGACCCAUCAGAAUUGUAGUUUCUUUGGCAUUACCACCUAUUGGAUCAACUGUGACACACUUCAACAAAAGUCAAAAGCUUUGUCAUGCUGCAGAAUACAGGAGAAGCAUACAUACAAUCUCAUAGUGUCAACUCUUGUGAGCAUUCACAUCAAGUACAAGAUAGAUCAAAAGGUGUGUGCAACAUUUACUGACAACAGCAGCAAUUUUGUAAAGACUUUCACUGUCUUUGCAGAAUGUGAGAGAUAUCAGACUACAAGCAUUCUGUCCCAAGACGAGGAUGAUGAUGGUGAAGUACAUAGGCAGCCCAGAGAAACCAGGAAGAAGAUGGAUGACAAAGAAAAUGGAGUGAGGAGCAGAAAAAUGAGAGGUGAAUCCUCUAUUAAUGAGAAUAUUAUGGAAAUUAACACAUUGGAGGAAAGAGUCGAGAAAGGGCAGUCGGGAGCAUUGUGGGAUGAUUUACUAAAAGACAUGCUCAAUCAGAGUGAACCAGAGAGUGAAGCGGUGGCUUCUUGGGGAGAAAUUAAGGAAAAAAUGCAGGAAGAGGAGGCUGGAGAAGAUAGUACAAAAAGAAAUUUGUAUGCACAGAAAAUUAAAGAAGGAGAGAAGAGAAGUGAAGAGGUGAAAGAACGUGGUGUGAUUUUGAAGGAAGUAUAUCUAGAGAUGCAGGUGGAGGGACAGACUACCAAUAUUGCAGACAGGGUGAAACUUAUCAAUAUAGAUACUUUAAAUUUGGCUCAGUUUACUUUUUAUGCAGUGGACACUGAGUGUGCUGAAGGUUAUAGUUGUAAACGGUCCAUCAUCAAACUCAUUUACCUCAUUUGCAAUGAGUUAGUGGAACUUCUGCCUUGGCCGCAAAGGAAACUGCUGAAGUGGAAAAUGAGCACAGUCACUCCUAACAUAGUGAAACAGACCAUUCAGAGGUCUCAUUUUAGGGUCACCAGAAAAAGUUAUGAUUGGCUGGGCUGCUGGGGGCACCAUAUGAAGUCUCCUGGAUUCAAGGCACUGAGGGAACAUCAAAAGCUGAACCACUUUCCAGGUUCAUUCCAGAUUGGAAGAAAGGACCGUCUCUGGCGCAACCUUUCGAAAAUGCAAUCUCGAUUUGGGAAGAAGGAAUUUAACUUUUUUCCUCAAUCUUUUGUGCUUCCAAAAGAUAUCAAGUUGUUGAAGAAAGCUUGGGAAGAAGGGGGCAGCCAUCAGAAAUGGAUUGUAAAACCACCAGCAUCUGCAAGAGGAAUUGGGAUCCAAGUAGUCCACAAAUGGAGUCAAGUACCUCGGAAGAGGCCGCUGUUGGUGCAGAGGUAUUUGCACAAGCCUUAUCUCAUUAGUGGAAGCAAGUUUGAUUUGAGAAUAUAUGUUUACGUCACUUCCUAUGAUCCGCUGCGGAUCUACAUAUUUACAGAUGGACUAGUGCGUUUUGCAAGCUGCAAGUAUUCCUCAUCUAUGAAGAGCCUAAGCAACAAAUUCAUGCAUUUGACUAAUUACAGUGUGAACAAAAAAAACUCCGACUACAAGUCCAAUACAGAUGAGACUGCAUGUCAGGGGCACAAGUGGUCUCUGAAAGCACUGUGGAACUAUCUGAGCCAGAAGGGAGUCAAUACUGACGCUGUCUGGGAAAAAUUGAAAGACAUUGUUAUAAAAACGAUCAUUGCGUCUGAACCAUAUGUGAACACUCUGGUCAAAAUGCAUGUGCGUCACCCUAACAGUUGCCAUGAGCUUUUUGGGUUUGAUAUUAUGUUGGAUGAAAACAUGAAACCAUGGGUUCUAGAAGUUAAUAUUUCUCCCAGCCUUCACUCAAAUUCUCCAUUGGAUGUGAGCAUCAAGGGACAGAUGAUUCGAGACCUCCUUAAUCUUGCUGGCUUUGUCCUGCCGUACAAAGAUGAGGUGACUGCACACAGUGAGAGUGGCUCUGCAGCAAGUUUAUGUGCGAGUGCCAAAGAAAAACCCAGGCGCAUCUUGGAACUCUCAUCAGAUGAGAAGAUGAAAAGAGCCUAUUUUCUGAACCAGAAGUUUUCAGAUCAGGAGUCAUACAGUACUGUCUUGGAUAUUUUGACUCCAGAUGAUGUAAGGAUACUAGUAGAAACAGAAGAUGAAUUAUCACGUUGUGGGGAGUUUGAGAGGAUCUUCCCAUCUCCAUUCUCAUCAAGAUACCUCAGGUUCUUUGAACAGCCCCGCUACUUAAACAUUCUCCUUAGCCAGUGGGAGCAGAAAUCGUUCAACUGUAGACAAAAAGGUAUUGAUCUACUGAGAGCUUUGUGUCAGAAAGGAGUUCAUUUAGGAAUAAACAGUGAUGCAGUUCAUGUGUGGUCUUCAGCAAGACUUCAACUAACACAAAAGACUGAAACACAUCUAAAUGGCUUCAGCAAACCAGACCUUCCUGCACAAAGCAAAAUAGCGGUUCAGAAAGAAAAAGCUAAUGACACAGAUGAUCUUAGCAAGAACCACAAGUCCGUGCCUUCCCUUCAGAAUUUGUCUGUGAUGAGUCGUCUAACACCUACUUUGUUGAAGCAUGCAUUCAGCAGCCUUCCUGAUAUUACACAGAUUGCUUAACAGCACAACAUUGUUCCAGCUCCCCAGGAAAUACGCCUACCUCAGAAAUGGAAAGGACUAAACUGGCAAUUUUGGCAAGGGGUUAUAAUCAAGAAUCACAACUUCUGCUCUGUGCUGGAACAGAUUUUUUGACUUUGCAUAUAAUUUUCAAAUAAAGCUGCAACAGAUUUUUUUAA